CCCCGGACACCUCAUCCCCACGAUCAACAAUAAACGUUCUUCAGUCCUCGCACCACAACUCCUCGCAUUAAACAAAUCAACUCGGUGUGGUGGGGGUACGCCUUCGUGACAUCAUGCCACAGCAGUAAUGCACGUGUGUUGGUGGAGGGAAAAAAAGGCGUGUGUUAUUUUCACAUUCACUCGAUUCGUAAAAUAACAAAUACCUGCCCCACUUCGGGCACUUUCACUCUGGGUCAGUGAAUAAAAUAAAAUUCCAGGCUGACGUAGCCUUCAGAGAGACCCGGUGGAGCUACUGGAGACCGUGAAAUAUCAGUGAUGUCGGAGUUUUAUUGGUGAUCUGUGGGUUAAUGAGCUGAGGAUUUUUCUGGUUCUUAUCUGAAGCCGGUGGUUUCAGUGUUUUUUUUUUCAAUCGCGAGAUUAAAAUCGGAAUAUCCGGGGCAGAGGUGAGAGGUGGGUGACGCGUUGAAUGGGUUUCUGAAUUAUUUAUUAUUCUCGCUGAGAAAAAUUCAUGCCAGAGACCUUGAGAUCACUCGGGGGGAGGAGGACAUUCUCGCCGGAGUGCUGAGGCAGCUGUUGCUGCUGGGGGUUUUCAAUUAGUUGUGGUCGAGACUGAGGAGACUGAGGAUGUUGAAGAUUGUCAGUGGAAUGAAGACUGCUGUGAGGGGAUUGACGUCUUCUGCGGGGAGGAAUGCCACUCCCAAGGUGGCUCCUCUGCAAGAGGCUGCCCUCGAGGAGAUGUGCAUCCUCGUGGACGAGUUUGAUAAGCCCUUGGGGAACGCCUCGAAGAGACAUUGUCACAGGAUCAGUGAGGGCGGGAGUGUGCCGCUUCAUCGGGCCUUCAGUGUCUUCCUGUUUGAUGAGAAGGGCGACCUUCUGCUGCAGAAACGAUCUGCUUCGAAGAUAACUUUCCCCAGUUACUACACGAACACUUGCUGCAGUCAUCCAUUAACCGAGGUACCUGGUGAAUCGGAAGAGCGAGACGCCCUGGGCAUCAGACGAGCCGCGAGACGAAGAUUAGCAUACGAGCUGGGAAUUCCGAUCAACGAAAUUCAACCCGAGGAUUUUUUCUACGUCACGAGGAUUCACUACCACGCGGCGGGGCCCGACGACGUCUGGGGAGAGCACGAGAUCGACUAUGUCCUGUUUUUGAAGAAGAAUAAAGUGACGUUGGACCCUAAUCCCGACGAAGUCAGCGAGAUUAAGUGGGUUUCCAAGGACAAAAUCGAGGAAUUCGUGAGGAAUUGUGAAUCACCCUUGACUCCGUGGUUUCAAUUAAUUUUCAAGCAUAAAUUACCUCUCUGGUGGGACAAUUUGGCGUGCUUGGAGAGGGUGCAGGAUCACCGGAGUAUCCAACGAUUCGUUUGAGUUGUUCCAGAAUAGUAGGAGAAACAUGUAAAAUGGACCUUUUUUAAUCAUCAAUAUCUGUCGAAUGAACGAUACGAUUUGGAUAAAUCUGGUCUCAUUGCGCAGUUUGUAGGUAAAAUGAAGAAAUUGUGGAAUUAUUGACGAUAGAAAACGGUCAAUUUUACUCCGGGGGACGAAGCUUUCAGUUUUAAUAAUUGUCUGAAAGGAGUAGAAAUUUGUUUUUCAUUCAAGAAAUAUUCGAAAUAAUCUUGUUUUAUAAUUUUCUAUGGACUGAUACGAAGCGUGGGGUGCGAUGCACGAAAAGAGGUGAAAUUUCAUGAAUAUUUUGAUAGUAAUGUUGAGAGCGAAUGAAACUUUCACUUGAAUAAAACCUUCACAAAUUGCACAAAUUGCAUUUUCUGCCAAAAAAUUUUAACAGUGUUGAAAAGAGGAAAACAAUUAACUGAAAGUUGGAGGAAAGGGUAGGGUAGGGUAGUAAUAAUGAUCAGGGGAACAGCAUUGAAUUCGAUUGAAGAGAUAAAAACUAUGGAAUUUCCGACUGGAAUUUCAAAUUCUUGAACAACAAGAAGAUGAGAAUUUUUAAAGUUAAUGAGUUUCCAAUAGAAAUAUUCACGGAAUUCACAAUUAAAAUUUUUUAUCUCUGAAUUGAGAAUUUUCA